CUCUCUUUUUCUUUCUUUCUCUCUCUCUCUCUUUCUCUCUCUCUUUCUCUCGCUCUCUCUUUCUCUUUCUCUCUCUCGUUCUCUCUUUUUUUCUCUGUCUCUCUCUCUUUUGUGGUGUGACAAAUAUAAUAUCUCAUGUGAUAUUAAAAGCAGGGUCUGUCUCAUACUGAUGCUGUCUCUGGGGGUCUCACUUGAUAUUAUAAACAGGGUCUAUCUUUUCUAGGUGCAGUCUUUCAGGUGGUCUGGUGACAUCAGGAAUCUAUAAAGAUGCUAAUAGCCACCCUCCUGUGUUUUGCGCUACAUGUGAGGUCAGAAGUCACAGGACCAGUGUUGUCAGAAUGCUUCUCAGUGAAUGGAGUUGAUUACCGGGGUUCCAUGAAUUAUGCCGGAUCAGAAAAGGUACCCUGUUUGUACUGGAACCAGACCACACAACAUUUAUACAACACACAGUCUCAUUCCACACAGGACCUGGGACUGGGAAACCACAAUUACUGCAGGAAUCCUGAUGGAGAUGUGCAACCAUGGUGCUAUGUGUCCGAAUCUGAAGAGGGAAUAUAUUGGAAAUACUGUGAUAUCCCGACAUGCCACAUGCCCGGGUAUAUUGGAUGUUUUUUUGACUUUGGUUCACCCCCUGCCCUAAGUGGUGAAGGUGGCACAUCAGCCAAACUCACUGUGCAAAAUUGUAUCCGAUACUGUCGCAAAAAAGGAUACCAG